CCUCCUCACAAGCCUGUCGUUCGGUACAUGCUGCCGAAUUCCAGCCAGGAUGGGGACAGGCAGGGGGGCAAGGAUACCACUAUGGAUACCCAUUCUAGUGAUCGCCUUAACACACAGCAAAGUAAAAGGCCAAGCUGAAUACCCAAACCAGUAUGAAGAUCAACAAACCCAGUAUGAAGACCAGCAGUAUAGUCAACAGCAAGAAUAUUAUGAUGACCUUUCAUUUGUGCAGCCGACACAUGACCAACCUCAAAGCCAAGUGACCAUCAUCCCACCAGUGAAAACAACACUAGCUGUCAAAGCUAUAAAUCCUCCUCAUAAUGGGAGAUUGUGCAGCACAUGGGGCAACUUCCACUACAAGACCUAUGAUGGAAAUAUCUACAACUUCCCUGGACUCUGCAAUUAUGUUUUUACAUCGCACUGCAAAUCCUCUUAUGAAGACUUCAACAUCCAAAUACGGCGUAAGGUGGUUGAUAAAGUUCCCACCAUUGAGCACAUAUUCAUGAAGCUUGAUGGAACAGGCAUUGAACUGACCCCAAACACUAUUACUGUCAAUGGAGAACAUGUUCAGCCACCUUACAGUUAUUCAGGAAUCCUGAUAGAGGAAAUCUCAGGUUAUAAGACCGUGACAUCCAAGUUGGGUGUUUUUUUAACCUGGAACCAACAGGAUGCCCUUUUGGUGGAACUGGAUGAAAAAUAUAUGAAUCAAACUUGCGGUCUUUGCGGGGACUUCAAUGGAAUCACAACAUACAAUGAAUUUAUUUCCAAUGGCAUAAUAUUGAAUCCUGUGCAAUUUGGAAACCUGCAAAAGUUGGAUGGGCCCACAGAACAAUGCCAGGAUCCCCUCCCUUCAGCUCCAAGCAACUGCAGUAGUGAAUUUAAUUCUGUCUGUGAAACCAUAUUGACUGGUGAAGCAUUCUUGGGCUGCAAUGCAUUAGUGGCCAUGGAAGAUUAUGCUGAUGCUUGCGUACAUGACUUGUGCAACUGUGAGAAGUCUGAAACUGAUGCCUGUAUGUGUGACACUUUUGCUGAAUACUCUAGACAAUGUGCUCAUGCUGGCGGCCAGCCCCUUGAAUGGAGAAGUGAAGGCCUGUGUGCCAAGAGCUGCCCUUUCAAUAUGGAGCACAAAGAAUGUGGAUCUCCUUGUUCUGACACCUGUACCAAUCCUGAAAGAUCCCAAGUCUGUGAAGAUCACUGUAGGGAUGGCUGCUUUUGUCCCGCAGGUACUGUGUAUGAUGACAUUAACAACUCUGGUUGCAUCCCUCUUGAGGACUGUCAUUGUACUUACAAUGGGGAUACCUAUGCUCCUGGGGCUUCCUUUGCAUCUCAGUGCAGUUCAUGUCAAUGUACUGGAGGCCAAUGGACAUGUGUCAGUCAGUCCUGCCCAGGCAUAUGCUCCAUCCAAGGAGGCUCCCACAUCACAACAUUUGAUGGGAAGCAGUAUUCCGUCUUUGGUGACUGUAGCUAUGUCCUCACUAAGCUCUGUGACAGCGAUCUCUUCACUGUCCUGGGAGAAAUUCGCAAGUGCGGCAUGACAGAUACUGAGACAUGCAUGAAAGGCGUAGUCAUCAGCAUGAACCAUGGAGAGACUGUAAUUGCAAUCAAGUCUACUGGGGAUGUUUUUGUGAAUUCGAUGGCCACCCAACUACCCUUCUCAGCAUCCAAUAUCACCAUGUUCAAGCCUUCAACAUUCUUCAUCGUUGCAAAGACAAAUAAGGUCUUUCGAAUAGAAAUCCAACUUGUACCUCUCCUGCAGACCACCAUAUAUGUGGACCCUGUUCAUAAAGAAAUGACUUGUGGUCUCUGUGGAAACUUCAACGAUGCCCAGGCAGAUGACUUCAAAGCUAUCAGUGGAGUUGUAGAAGGAACCUCAGCCGCUUUUGCCAAUACCUGGAAGACACAGGCUGCUUGUCCCGAUAUCAAGAACAUAUUUGAGAACCCAUGCGCUCUCAGCAUUGAAAAUGAAAAAUAUGCUUCACACUGGUGUAGACUGCUAACAGACAGCAAUGGGCCAUUCCAGAAAUGCCACUCUGUAGUUGAUCCAGCUGUUUACCACAAGAUCUGUAUGCAUGACACCUGUAAUUGUGAAAAGAGUGAGGACUGCUUGUGCGCUGCUCUGUCUUCCUAUGUCCGAGCCUGUGCUUCCAAAGGGGUGAAGCUGACUGGUUGGAGAACCAGCGUCUGCACCAAAUACCAAAUAUGUCCUGAAACCCUGACUUAUCAUUAUGAAAUUGAGACCUGCCAGCCCACCUGUCGGUCAUUGAGCACGCCAGAUGUCACUUGUAACAUUCAGUUUACUACUGUGGAUGGAUGCACUUGUGAAGAAGGGACAUUCCUGGAUGAAAGUGGCAAAUGUGUACCCCCUACUAGUUGCCCAUGUUAUUACAAAGGGUCUCCCAUACUAUCUGGAGAAGUGUUUCGUGAGAAUGGCAUGAUGUGCACUUGCACAAAAGGAAAGCUUGAGUGUAUUGGAGAAGUAAGACCUCAACCAGCAGUAUGCAAUGCCCCCAUGAUCUACUUUGAUUGUCAGAAUGCCACAAUAGGUGUCACUGGAGCUGAGUGUCAGAAAAGCUGCCAGACUCUUGACAUGGGUUGUUAUAGCACACAAUGUGUGUCUGGCUGCAUGUGUCCUAAUGAGCUGAUAUAUGACGGCAAAGGUGGCUGUGUGGCUGCAGAAGAAUGUCCUUGCACUCACAACGAAGCCACCUACAACCCAGGAGAGACCAUCAAAGUGAAAUGUAACACUUGUACUUGCAAAAACAGAAAAUGGGAAUGCUCCGAUGAACUUUGCCUGGAAACCUGCUCAGUGUAUGGAGAUGGUCAUUAUGUCACCUUUGAUGGUAAACGCUACAGUUUUGGUGGAGAAUGUGAAUACACUCUGGUACAGAAUCACUGUGGCAAAAACAGUACAGGAACCUUCCGAGUUAUUACAGAGAACGUCCCCUGUGGUACCACUGGGAAUACCUGUGCAAAAUCCAUUAACGUGUACCUAGAGGACUAUGAGUUAAAAUUAGCUGAUGAAAAAUUUCAAGUGAUACAGAGAACCCCCGGUAGUAGUGAAGUGCCCUUCAAAAUCCGAAAAUUGGGUAACUUCUACGUAGCUGACACCACAGAAGGAGUGGUCAUAGUGUGGAAUAUGAAAAACAGUGUCUCCAUCAAAAUUACUCCUGCUUAUAGGGGUCAGGUAUGUGGCCUUUGUGGAAACUUUGAUGGCAACGAUGCCAAUGAUUUCACCACCAGGAGUCAGUCAGUAGUAACAGAUGUUGUGGAGUUUGGUAACAGCUGGAAGGUGUCUCCCACUUGCCCAGGAACCCCACAGACCAAAGACCCUUGCACUGCAAACCCAUAUCGAAUGUCUUGGUCCCAGAAGCAAUGCAGUAUCAUUAACAGCCAAACGUUUGCUCCCUGCCAUUCUCAGGUUGAACCCACUAAAUAUUAUGAUGCUUGUGUAUCCGAUGCCUGUGCUUGUGACACAGGAGGAGACUGUGAAUGUUUCUGUACUGCUGUAGCGGCCUAUGCCCAAGCGUGCAGUGAGGCUGGUGCCUGUAUUUCUUGGAGAACUCCAGACAUAUGCCCCAUAUUCUGCGAUUACUACAAUCCAAAGGGGGAAUGCGAAUGGCACUACCAACCCUGUGGUGCUGCUUGUCAGAAGACUUGCAGAAAUCCAGAGGGAAAAUGCAUACAUGAGUUACAAGGCUUGGAAGGCUGCUAUCCAAAGUGUCCAAAGGAUAAACCUUAUUUUGAUGAAGAUGAAAUGAAAUGUGUCCCUCGGGAUCAGUGUGGCUGCUUUGAUGAUAAAGGAAACCAUUAUAAGCCAGGAGAACAAAUUCCUUCAGAAAAGAAUUGCGAAUCAUGCCAGUGCUCAAUGGGAAGCCAGGCAAUAUGUGCACACGAUGAAAAUGCUUGCUACUGCCUCUAUGAUGGGAAGAAACACAUGCCUGGUGAUAUCAUCUACAAGACAACAGAUGGCAUUGGAGGAUGCAUCAUUGCAACUUGUUCUCAUAAUGGAACAAUAGAGAGGGACAUUUUCCAGUGUGAAACAACUACAACCGUUGCCACUCCCACCACUGUGUUUGUAUUUACUAGCACCUCACAACCAACUACUACUACAGCACCUACAACGACCCUUUGUGUUCAGGAAAAUUGCCAUUGGUCACAGUGGUAUGAUGUGAGCCAGCCUGGUUCUGGAGAAGAUGAUGGUGAUUUUGAGAGUUUUGAUCAUCUGAGAGCUCACGGUUAUGAAAUCUGUAAAGCUCCAAAGAAAGUUGAAUGUCGGGCUGAGAAAUUCCCCAAUACUCCAAUAAGUGAACUGGACCAAAAAGUUGAAUGCAAUACUGAAGUGGGACUAAUCUGCUAUAACAAAGACCAGAAUACAACGGAAUGCCAUAAUUAUCAAAUCAGAAUCCAGUGUUGUAGCUUUGUACCAUGUGGUUACACUACUGCCUCCACAUCUAAGACUACUACAGUCUCCACAGCUCCUACAGUAACAACCAUGCUGUCUACUGCAAAAAGUACAUCCACAACUUCUAUUUCUACUACAGAAAGUACAACCACAACUACUGCUCCCACAACAUCGACAACUGCAGAAACUACAACAGUAACAAUCACUCCCUCUACUACAAAAAGUACAACUACUAUCCUCACAAAAUCAGCUUCAACUCCAGAACCUACAACAGUAACAACCACACCCUCUACUACAGAAAGUACAACCACAACUACUGCUCCCACAACAUCAACAGCAACUCCAGAAACUACAACUGUAACAACCACUCCCUCUACUACAGAAAGUACAACCACAACUACUGCUCCCACAACAUCAACAGCAACUCCAGAAACUACAACUGUAACGACCACGCCCUCUACUACAGAAAGUACAACCACAACUACUGCUCCCACAACAUCAACAGCCACUCCAGAAACUACAACUGUAACGACCACGCCCUCUACUACAGAAAGUACAACCACAACUACUGCUCCCACAACAUCAACUUCAACUCCAGAAACUACAACUGUAACGACCACGCCCUCUACUACAGAAAGUACAACCACAACUACUGCUCCCACAACAUCAACAACAACUCCAGAAACUACAACAGUAACAACCACUCCCUCUACUACAAAAAGUACGACUACUAUCCUCACAAAAUCAGCUUCAACUCCAGAACCUACAACAGUAACAACCACUCCCUCUACUACAGAAAGUGUAACCACAACUGCUAUUCCCACAACUCCCAGUGCAACUCCAGAAACUACAAUAGUAACAACCACGUCUGAACAAACUACUGUUAUAACUACAAAACCUUCUCCAACUACUACACCUACACCAAUAACAGUUGCAACAAAGACUAUUCCAGCAACAACAACAACACAUCCAGAAACUACAGCUGCAUCAACUUUGACCUCAACAAGUGAAAUAUGCACUCAAGAAUUCUGUGAAUGGUCCCAGUGGUAUGACAUAAGUUACCCAGGUUCAGCACCUGAUGAUGGAGAUUUUGACACUUUUAAGAAUAUAAGAGCCAAAGGAUAUGAUGUUUGUAAAGCUCCAAAGAAUGUUGAAUGCAGAGCAGAACGAUUUCCCAAUACUCCUCUUCAAGAAUUAGAACAAAAGGUUACUUGCAGUAAAACAGAGGGACUCAUAUGUUAUAACAAAGAUCAACAUCCACCAAUUUGCUACAACUAUGAAAUGCGAAUUGAAUGCUGCAAAAAAGUAAUUGUACCAUGCCCAACUAGCUUACCAUUAACAACUACACAACCACCAACUUCAACAUCAAAAUAUACAACAACAGCCAAAACCACGAGGAAAACAACUACAACAGCAGAGACUACAACAGUUGAACCUAUUGUUACACAGAUUCGAACAACUAGACAGCCAUCUACAGCACAACAAAGGGAAAGAACAACUACAGUUCCCAAAACAACAGCCACCACAAAGUCAACACCACCAACUACCACUCCAGUUCUAACUACAACAACAAAAGUAACUUCAGCAACAACCAAGCCGGAAACAACAACGAAACAAGAAAUUGUUACAACCACCAUUACUACCACAAAAGAAACCAUAGGAACUACAACUACUACUACUAGACCCUCCACCCAUAAAUCUACCAGAGAGCAUACAACAACUUUACCUAUUACUACAACCUUGCCAACAACAAGUACAGUCAAAAUGACAAUGACAUCCCCAAAAACACCUUGCUUGCCCAUGAAAUGCCAGUGGUCCCAGUGGUUUGAUGUUAACUAUCCGACUAUUGGACCUAAAGGAGGAGAUAUAGAAACAUAUAACAACAUCCGGGCCGCAGGAGGAAAAAUAUGUGACAAACCAGUGAAUAUUCAGUGUAGGGCUGAAGACCAACCUGAGGUACCGAUUGCAGAACUGGGCCAAGUUGUUGACUGUGAUGUCAACAAAGGGCUGGUGUGCAUGAAUGAAGAACAAACUGGGAAACAUAAACAGUGCAACAACUAUGAAAUGCGUGUGUUAUGCUGUGAAGAAAACCCAGAGUGUCCACCCACACCCAUACCAAGCACUACCACUAGCCAUCCAGUUCCUACAACCACCACAAAAGUUGUUACAACAACCUCCAGGCCAGUGACAACAACCACACUUGAAACUACCACGACUGCUGCUACCACUACUACAACUCCUACAACCACCACUUCUAGGACCAAAGUAACCACAGCGGCAACAACAACUAGAGCCUCCACCCCUAAAUCGACCAGAGAGCAUACAACCACUUUGCCUACCACAACAUCUUUGCCAACAACAAGUACAAUCCAAGUGACAACAACAUCUCCAAAAACACCUUGCUCGCCCAUGAAAUGCCAGUGGUCCCAGUGGUUUGAUACUCACUAUCCCACUUCUGAACCUCAAGGAGGAGAUAUAGAAACAUAUAACAACAUCCGGGCCGCAGGAGGAAAAAUCUGUGAGAAGCCAUCAAAUAUUCAGUGUAGGGCUGAAAGCCUCCCGGAGGUACCGAUAUCAGAACUGGGCCAAGUUGUUGAGUGUGAUGUCAACAAAGGGCUGGUAUGCGAGAACAACAAGCAAAGUGGGAAAAAUCAAGAAUGCCACAACUAUGAAAUGCGCGUGUUAUGCUGUGAAGAAAACCCAGAGUGUCCACCCACGCCCAUACCAAGCACUACUACUAGCCAUCCAGUUCCUACAACCACCACAAAAGUUGUUACAACAACCACACUUGAAACUACCACGACUGCUGCUACCACCACUACAACUCCUACAACCACCACUUCUAGUACCAAAGUAACCACAGCGGCAACAACAACUAGAGCCUCUACCCCUAAAUCGACCAGAGAGCAUACAACCACUUUGCCUACCACCACAUCUUUGCCAACAACAAGUACAAUCCAAGUGACAACAACAUCUCCAAAAACACCUUGCUCACCCAUGAAAUGCCAGUGGUCCCAGUGGUUUGAUACUCACUAUCCCACUUCUGAACCUCAAGGAGGAGAUAUAGAAACAUAUAACAACAUCCGGGCCGCAGGAGGAAAAAUCUGUGAGAAGCCAUCAAAUAUUCAGUGUAGGGCUGAAAGCCUCCCUGAGGUACCGAUAUCAGAACUGGGCCAAGUUGUUGAGUGUGAUGUCAACAAAGGGCUGGUAUGCGAGAACAACAAGCAAAGUGGGAAAAAUCAACAGUGCAACAACUAUGAAAUGCGCGUGUUAUGCUGUGAAGAAAACCCAGAGUGUCCACCCACGCCCAUACCAAGCACUACCACUAGCCAUCCAGUUCCUACAACCACCACAAAAGUUGUUACAACAACCACCAGGCCAGUGACAACAACCACAAUAGAAACUACCACGACUGCUGCUACCACCACAACUCCUACAACCACCACUUCUAGUACCAAAGUAACCACAGCGGCAACAACAACUAGAGCCUCUACCCCUAAAUCGACCAGAGAGCAUACAACCGCUUUGCCUACCACCACAUCUUUGCCAACAACAAGUACAAUCCAAGUGACAACGACAUCUCCAAAAACACCUUGCUCACCCAUGAAAUGCCAGUGGUCCCAGUGGUUUGAUACUCACUAUCCCACUUCUGAACCUCAAGGAGGAGAUAUAGAAACAUAUAACAACAUCCGGGCCGCAGGAGGAAAAAUCUGUGAGAAGCCAUCAAAUAUUCAGUGUAGGGCUGAAAGCCUCCCUGAGGUACCGAUAUCAGAACUGGGUCAAGUUGUUGAGUGUGAUGUCAACAAAGGGCUGGUAUGCGAGAACAACAAGCAAAGUGGGAAAAAUCAACAGUGCAACAACUAUGAAAUGCGCGUGUUAUGCUGUGAAGAAAACCCAGAGUGUCCACCCACGCCCAUACCAAGCACUACCACUAGCCAUCCAGUUCCUACAACCACCACAAAAGUUGUUACAACAACCACACUUGAAACUACCACGACUGCUGCUACCACCACUACAACUCCUACAACCACCACUUCUAGUACCAAAGUAACCACAGCGGCAACAACAACUAGAGCCUCUACCCCUAAAUCGACCAGAGAGCAUACAACCACUUUGCCUACCACCACAUCUUUGCCAACAACAAGUACAAUCCAAGUGACAACAACAUCUCCAAAAACACCUUGCUCACCCAUGAAAUGCCAGUGGUCCCAGUGGUUUGAUACUCACUAUCCCACUUCUGAACCUCAAGGAGGAGAUAUAGAAACAUAUAACAACAUCCGGGCCGCAGGAGGAAAAAUCUGUGAGAAGCCAUCAAAUAUUCAGUGUAGGGCUGAAAGCCUCCCUGAGGUACCGAUAUCAGAACUGGGCCAAGUUGUUGAGUGUGAUGUCAACAAAGGGCUGGUAUGCGAGAACAACAAGCAAAGUGGGAAAAAUCAACAGUGCAACAACUAUGAAAUGCGCGUGUUAUGCUGUGAAGAAAACCCAGAGUGUCCACCCACGCCCAUACCAAGCACUACCACUAGCCAUCCAGUUCCUACAACCACCACAAAAGUUGUUACAACAACCACACUUGAAACUACCACGACUGCUGCUACCACCACUACAACUCCUACAACCACCACUUCUAGUACCAAAGUAACCACAGCGGCAACAACAACUAGAGCCUCUACCCCUAAAUCGACCAGAGAGCAUACAACCACUUUGCCUACCACCACAUCUUUGCCAACAACAAGUACAAUCCAAGUGACAACGACAUCUCCAAAAACACCUUGCUCACCCAUGAAAUGCCAGUGGUCCCAGUGGUUUGAUACUCACUAUCCCACUUCUGAACCUCAAGGAGGAGAUAUAGAAACAUAUAACAACAUCCGGGCCGCAGGAGGAAAAAUAUGUGACAAACCAGUGAAUAUUCAGUGUAGGGCUGAAGACCAACCUGAGGUACCGAUUGCAGAACUGGGCCAAGUUGUUGACUGUGAUGUCAACAAAGGGCUGGUGUGCAUGAAUGAAGAACAAACUGGGAAACAUAAACAGUGCAACAACUAUGAAAUGCGUGUGUUAUGCUGUGAAGAAAACCCAGAGUGUCCACCCACACCCAUACCAAGCACUACCACUAGCCAUCCAGUUCCUACAACCACCACAAAAGUUGUUACAACAACCUCCAGGCCAGUGACAACAACCACACUUGAAACUACCACGACUGCUGCUACCACUACUACAACUCCUACAACCACCACUUCUAGGACCAAAGUAACCACAGCGGCAACAACAACUAGAGCCUCCACCCCUAAAUCGACCAGAGAGCAUACAACCACUUUGCCUACCACAACAUCUUUGCCAACAACAAGUACAAUCCAAGUGACAACGACAUCUCCAAAAACACCUUGCUCACCCAUGAAAUGCCAGUGGUCCCAGUGGUUUGAUACUCACUAUCCCACUUCUGAACCUCAAGGAGGAGAUAUAGAAACAUAUAACAACAUCCGGGCCGCAGGAGGAAAAAUCUGUGAGAAGCCAUCAAAUAUUCAGUGUAGGGCUGAAAGCCUCCCUGAGGUACCGAUAUCAGAACUGGGUCAAGUUGUUGAGUGUGAUGUCAACAAAGGGCUGGUAUGCGAGAACAACAAGCAAAGUGGGAAAAAUCAACAGUGCAACAACUAUGAAAUGCGCGUGUUAUGCUGUGAAGAAAACCCAGAGUGUCCACCCACGCCCAUACCAAGCACUACCACUAGCCAUCCAGUUCCUACAACCACCACAAAAGUUGUUACAACAACCACACUUGAAACUACCACGACUGCUGCUACCACCACUACAACUCCUACAACCACCACUUCUAGUACCAAAGUAACCACAGCGGCAACAACAACUAGAGCCUCUACCCCUAAAUCGACCAGAGAGCAUACAACCACUUUGCCUACCACCACAUCUUUGCCAACAACAAGUACAAUCCAAGUGACAACAACAUCUCCAAAAACACCUUGCUCACCCAUGAAAUGCCAGUGGUCCCAGUGGUUUGAUACUCACUAUCCCACUUCUGAACCUCAAGGAGGAGAUAUAGAAACAUAUAACAACAUCCGGGCCGCAGGAGGAAAAAUCUGUGAGAAGCCAUCAAAUAUUCAGUGUAGGGCUGAAAGCCUCCCUGAGGUACCGAUAUCAGAACUGGGCCAAGUUGUUGAGUGUGAUGUCAACAAAGGGCUGGUAUGCGAGAACAACAAGCAAAGUGGGAAAAAUCAACAGUGCAACAACUAUGAAAUGCGCGUGUUAUGCUGUGAAGAAAACCCAGAGUGUCCACCCACGCCCAAACCAAGCACUACCACGAGCAAACCAGUUCCUACAACCACCACAACAGUCGCUCCAACAACAACAACCAGGCCAGUGACAACAACCACACUUGAAAUUACCACUGCUGCUACUACCACCACAACUGCUAGUACCAUAGUAACCGCAGCAGCAACAACUAGACCCUCCACUCCUAAAUCUACCAUGGAGCAUACAACCACUUUGCCUACCACCACAUCCUUGCCAACAACUAGCACCACUACCAUAACUACCACCAUAAAACCAACCUCUCCUAUUCAAACCACAACUGCAGAACUUAGUACUACUUCCAUAAUUACAGAAGUACCAACACCAACCUCCUCAGCCAGUAGUACAACUCAAUGUUUCUGUAAGAUUGGAGAAAAAACGUAUCGUCCUGGUGAGACUAUUUACAAUAGAACAGACAGUGAUGGCUGUUCUUUUUAUGCUGUUUGUGACUUAAAAUGUUCUGUUGAGAGGUCUAAAGGACCAUGCCCAGCGACAUCACCCAGGCCAACUCCAACUGUUGUGAUCACAACUCCCACUACCACUCCAGUUAGCACAACACAGCCAAUUGGCUGUCCUGAUGCCAUUCCGCCCAGGGAGGUUGGUGAGACAUGGACAUCAAACUGCACAAGAUAUACUUGUGAAGGAAACAACAAAAUCGCAGUGAGCCAUGUCAAAUGUCCAAAGGUACAGGAUAUUGUGUGCGAAAAUGGAUAUCCCCCUGUAAAAGUCUUCCAAGAUGAUGGCUGUUGUUACCACUAUGAAUGUGAAUGUGUAUGCAGUGGCUGGGGUGAUCCUCACUACAUCACCUUUGAUGGAGUUUACUACACCUUCGUGCAAAAUUGUACAUACGUCUUGGUGAAGGAGAUCACACCGAAACAUGACAACAUUAGCAUUCUUGUUGAUAAUGCCUAUUGUGAUUCAAAAGAUGAACUUUCGUGUCCUCGGUCUAUCAUUAUUAACUACAAGUCUUCAGAAGUAAUUUUAACCCGUGAAAAUGUUGAUGGUGUGGAAGCCAAUAAGAUUUACUUCAACGGCAAGGCUGUCAGCCCAGGUUACCAUCAUGAUGACAUUUAUAUCUCCUCAAAUGGCAUCAAUAUGGUGGCUGAGAUGCCUAAGAUUGGGUCACAAGUCUCCUUCAGUGGCCUUAUUUUCUUCAUCAAGCUUCCACCCAGUUUUGUCAACAAUACUGAAGGACAAUGCGGUACCUGCACAAAUGAUAAAAAAGAUGAAUGCCGCUUACCAAAUGGUGAGAUUGCUAGUAGCUGUUCCCACAUGGCUCCCUAUUGGAGAGUUCAUGAUGAGAAGAAAGAGUACUGUGCUGGACCAAUACCAACACCAGCACCAACAGAGACUCCCACCCCCUGUCCACCUAACGAGCUUUGCAAGAUCAUUUUGCAUGAUGUCUUCUCUGAGUGUCAUGACAUCAUACCCCCUGAAUCCUACUACAAAGGUUGCCUCUUUGAUGCUUGCCACCAAACAAAUACCUCUGUGCAAUGUUCUGGAUUAGAGAUAUACGGUUCUCUCUGUGCCUCAAAAGGUGUCUGUGUUGACUGGAGAUCAAGUACCAAGGGUGAAUGCUCAUACAACUGCCCUGCAGGCAAAAUAUAUGACCCAUGUGGCCCUCUCAACCCUCUUACAUGUGAUAAGAGUGCUCUUCAUCAUAAUGGCAGUGGAAUCACUGAAGGGUGCUUCUGUCCUGAAGGAACCCAACUCUAUAAUGAACAUAGUGAUACCUGUGUUAGUGAAUGUGGUUGUAUAGGUCCAGAUGGGCAGCCCAAGGCACCUGGAUCAACUUGGAUCAGUAACUGCCAGGAGUGUACUUGUGAGAAAUAUUCUCGUAGGGUGAGAUGUAAACCAAAGGCUUGUGAAGCGUCACCUACUCCAGUGCACUGUCAGUUGGAAGGUUUUAUUCCCGUCCAAGUGAUGACACCUGAAGAUAAAUGCUGUCCCGAGACACAAUGUGUGUGCAACACAUCGUACUGUACAGAAACCAUCAAGUCCUGUCCAGUUGGAUAUACACUGAAACAACAAAAUCUGCCAGGAGACUGCUGUAUUCAUACCACUUGUGUGAAACUACCAGGCUGUGUUGUUGAUGGCAACCUCUACCAACCUGGAGCAAGGAUUCCAGGAGACAUAUGUGAAAGCUGUACAUGCUCUCUAGAAGAAAACCCAGAGACCAAAUCAAAUGAAGUGGAAUGUGUGUCACAAGUGUGUCAUACAAGCUGCUCAGUGGGUCAAGAAUACAAGGAAGUGCCUGGACAAUGCUGUGGUAACUGCACUGCAGUGGCUUGUGUCCUGAAACAAGAACCCUAUGGAUCCCAAGCUAUCAAGCCUGGAGAACGUCUGCACCCUCCUGGAGACAACUGUACCUUCUAUGAAUGUGAUUUGAUUGAUGGCCAGUAUGUCCUUGUCACUACCAAGAAAACCUGCUCUGGAUUUGAUCCAACUACCUGCAAGCCUGAGGAUGUUAUAAAGACAGAUGAUGGCUGUUGUGAGACGUGCCGACUACCAUUGACAAUAUGUGGGCCAAAAAGCACGAGAAGUGUCAUCAAGUACAAAGGCUGUGAAGCUUCUUCACCAGUUGAAUUAACAUAUUGUGAAGGACAAUGUGGCAGCUCUUCCAUAUACUCUUACAAGGCAAACACAAUGAAUCACAGCUGCAGCUGCUGCAAGGAACUCAGGACAACCGAGAAGCAAGUGACACUGACUUGUGCAGAUGGAUCCACCCUGGAUUAUUCUUACAUUUAUAUUGAUGAGUGUGACUGCAUAGGUAACGAAUGCACUCCCCAGUCUACCUCCUCACCAGAACAGCAGAAACAACAAGAACAGCAACAACAGCAGGAAGAGCAGCAGCAACAGGAAGAGCAACAGCAGCAGCAACAAGAGCAGCAAGAGCAGCAACAGCAGGAAGAGCAACAAGAGCAGCAACAGCAGCAAGAGCAGCAACAGCAAGAAAUACAACAAUAAACACCAUAGUACCAGCAAGGACAGACCAAUACAUCGAUUUUAAUGACAGAGUACAAAAUAAAUUCAAAUAAAUAUUCUAUUAAGUAGAAAAAUAUCCAGAGCAGCAUUGUGAACAUAGAUGUAUAUUUUUCUAGAUCUACUCUAAGUCUUUCUUUUUUCUAUCUUCUUUUCUUUGGGGUACCAAACAGGAAAUUCCCAGGUUUAUGCUUUCCUUGAGUGAGGUUACCCUAUCCAGUUGCAAAUUAUAUGGGAAAGGGGUGGAGACCUUGGUGUGAAUUAUUAGGAUGCUGGUAGGAAUAUUAAAGGCCCUUGACUUGACUCCCUCCCCCCCCCCCCCAUCUUGUGAAGUUAGGGCUCCAACACUAACCAAGUGUCACAUGAAUAGUAAUAUUUCUAAUGAAAGCACAAGACUUCUUUUCUCAACCAUUAGUUGGCACUAGCCAGACAUUAUUACAGAGUACAAGAGCUAUUAGGAGAAGCCAGUUCCAUUCCAUUUCAAUUUCAUUCCUCAAGGUUUUCUGUCCAUAUUUUCAAUACAAAAGCUAAAUACCUACUUUCCCAGUUUUAGCUCUGUUCUUUCAACUGUUUCUACAAACUUCAGUCUGGCGAAAGACGUGGGGCUAUAGUACUAGGUUAUUUGUAGAUUAUUCUUGUGCAAAAUGACAACAAACAAACCCUAAUGAAGUAUGGCUGCUGCUGGAGAAGACUCUCUGUUUACACAGUAUCCUCAGCAUAGUAACUGUAUGAAAAUUUGAAUGUUUUCAAUAACUGUUUACAGACUGAGUAUAGAUUAGAUAUAGAGAUGUAUAUGCCAAAGGGUCAUAUGAAGAAAUUUUGUAAAUUGAAAUACUAACAAAAGCAAUAAUAUAAAUUCUGUUCCAAGCCAUCUAGUUGGUUUUUUUUUUUAAUGUUGUACCAUUACUAUUUAUUUGUUAAGGUAAAAUAGCCUUCAGGGGCUAUUUUCUUCAGAAUUAAUACUGCUUGUCAACAUAUGCUUGGUUGAGGGAUAACUUCAUCUUUUGCCAUUUUUGUUUCUUUAAAACAACUGCUGCAAUGAUUAAUAAAAUUUCAGCAUUUUGCA